GACAAAUGAUCAAUGAGAGUUUUAGUCAUUUGAUUGCUGUUUUGGCCGCCUAGACUUGAGUGUUUCCAUGACGGUGGCAUAUCUAAAACCUGUAAAUAGCAUGACCUUUGGCUGCUCAUUACCUGGCAUUUGGAGAUGUUAGCAGAGGCAAACACACUGAUAAUAUAUACCAUUACAGACUACAUAAUACUGUUCUGUUUUGUGGGUUCUGAGGUUACAGUAGAAACUUCUCUCAAGUAUUUAAUUGGUGAUGGUGAUCUAAGGAACAACUAUUUAGGUUUGUUACUGGUAAAGAAGUCUCGGACAGGAUCGGGUGUAUAUUUUAUGUCACAUUUAGUAUUCCAUUCAGAAUAUACACAAUCUAUCAUGUCAUUUUGCUCAAAUGUUUUAUACAGAGAGUAAAUGUGGCAAAAUUCAAAUACAUAUAUUGAUAUAUUUUUGCUUUAUUGAACCAUCAUGUUAAUUGAAGUUCCUUGAACAUCUUCACUGUUUUUGAAAGCGUAGCACCAUGAAAAGCUUGGGGCCAUCUAGUGGCAUAGAGUCCACCAGCUGAAGUGAGGCAGUCCCAUGUCUUCUGGAGAUUAACAGUUAACUAGCCGUGCAGAGGUAAGUGGUUCCAUCCUCCAUGGAGCAAAGUGCAUAGACACAGUCGUUCUCACUGAGCAGGCAACAGGAAAGUGGACAACACCAUCCUCUGAGAGGAUCCUCCUGUUGUUCAUGUUUGGAUUUAGUGAACCUCAAAGGCCUCAAUCAUUUUGAAUCUGCCCAAUCAACCCUGCUGGCAUGGCAACAACCGAGUUAUACACCAAGGGUGCGUGUGUGUGGGUGCCAGACCCUGACAGUGUGUGGGUGUCCGCUCGGCUCCUGCAGGACUUCAACCCGGGCGAUGACCAGCUCCAGUUGCAGCUUAGCGAUGGCAGGGAGCUGUCCUACCCAGUCACAGCCACGGCUGAACUCCCUCCGCUUGGUAACCCAGACAUCCUGGAGGGGGAGAAUGACCUGACGGCCCUCAGCUUCCUGCAUGAGCCUGCUGUCCUGCACAACCUCCGGGUCCGCUUCCUAGACUACAGCAGCAUCUACACUUACUGCGGUAUGCCAGACAGGCAGUGGCGCUCUGACGUAAUGUUUGUAAUUCAGUAGCGAAAUAAAUAAUGUGUUUAUAUUUA